AUGGAGACCCUAGACGAAAAUAACUCGAAUGAGGAGAGGCUUGCGACAAAGCUUUUUCAUGGCAGUAUAGACCUCCUCUGGAAUAUCUUGCGGGCACGCUCACCUACAAUCUCAUCAGCGCCUGGGUCCGCAGGGGGAAUCUCUCCUAGUCCACACAAAAAUGAGGAAUGGGAACAAAUCAGACAGCUUUUGGAGACCUUGUACUUUUGGGGCCAGGGGUUUGCCCGUCGCUCUCGUCUUGAUGCUAUACUCGACCUAUCAGCCCCAUUGAAAUGGCAGGUCAUGUCUCUUCUUAUCGAUAUCAGUCGAGCCAUCAUUUCGUUAUUCGAACACCAUGAGUUGAUCCUGGAGAUUCGGAUCUUCACUCAGUGCUUGAUAGACUUGACGCCUUGCUUGGAGUAUCCUGCCCCAGAUCCACCUAUAAUCGAAGAAGAAGAAAGGCUUCAUCGGGAAGUUGGGGGAGAAAUUCAAAGCGUAGCCCUGCCGUGGUGCAGGAGAAUCUUCGACAUGUUCCCGGCAAUCGAUACGACUCUGGGAGAACAUCUGGGUAUACUAAAUUGGAAGCGGUUUGAUAGAUGUCGCAGUUGGGCUGCCGACCCCGCAUCAAAGGUCAUCGUGGGAGGGAUUCCAAAAUACGGACCAAGCGAGACUAUAGAUCAUGAGACGGCUCCUACCACUACAAUGGAGGGCACAACCACUGGCCACCCUACUUCCACAAAUACAGGAACAAAUCUCGACACUGAGAUCACAGCUCCGGAUAAUGACUUCGACGAUCACUUCGAACCCCAUCCCGGCAAAAUGGGCAGGCGGGAGGAAUUUGACUUGGAAACAGUUCUUACCUCAAGCACGCAUAUGGCAGGGACAUUCAGAGUUCCUGACAUGCCCAAUGAAGAUCAAGACGGAAGUAGGACCUGUUCAGUGUGCAAGAAUCAACUGAGUCAGAGCGUCCAAACACGGACUGAUUGGAAAAGGCAUAUCUAUCAUGACCUUGAACCCUACACCUGUACAUCUCCGGAUUGCGCCACUAGUGGCGUUGAUACUUUCAGCAAUCGCCAGGACUGGGCCGAGCACGAGUUUCAGCACCAUCUUGCCGAGAAAGUUUGGAUGUGCUCGGCUUGCUCGGCUAGAAUGUCGACAAAGGAAGCCUUCUCAAACCAUCUCGAGCGUAAUCAUCCAGAAUACACAUGGGUCGAAGAGCAUAUUGCAGUCGAGCUCUCAGAGAACACAGGUCUGUACAUUAAAUCGCCACUCAUUUGUCCCAUGUGUAAAGUCACCUUGGAGCCGUCAUUGCAGGUUUACGCCAAACACGUUGGAAGGCACCUGGAACAAAUAGCACUUAUUGUUGUACAGACUCAAAACAUGGAUGAGUCGUUAGAAGAGAACGAUACCGGUACAGAGACUACCAGUUCGAUCAGUUACGCCGAAGACGAUGAGAUGAACUCGCCUUUGGCACGUGGCGACGACGCGGCUGUGAACUCGCCUUUGGCACGUGGCGACGACGCGGCUGUGAACUCGCCUUUGAAACGUGGCGACAACACGGCUAAGCUUGAUAACAGAGCUAGUCACGGCCAGACACUGACAUCGGUAUAUGAGGCCGCGCCAAUGGUGAGCAGUACACUAAACUACGAGAAUGCUGCGAUAUUACCUGAGAAAACAAAGACUCGCAGGUCAAUCUUGCGCAAGGUUGCCGUCCUGGGUUCCAGAAGUGCUGGCAAAUCAUCGUUGGUGGUUCAAUUUGUGGACGGCCAUUAUGUUGAAAGUUACUACCCAACCAUAGAGAACACGUUCAUCAAGAGAAUGUGGAGAGGCGACCAAGCAUACAGCGUAGAAAUUGUCGAUGCGGCAGGACAGGACGAAUAUUCCAUCUUAAACUCCAAACAUUUCAUUGGUAUCCAUGGAUAUAUGCUUGUGUACUCUGUGCGAUCUCGGGCUAGCUUUGAGAUGGUCCAGGUGAUCCGUGAGAAGAUCUUGAAUCAUUUAGGGACCGAGUGGGUACCGAUCGUUGUCGUCGGAACUCAGUCUGAUUCUCAAUCGAAGCUCAGACAAGUAUCAACUGAAGAAGGAAAACAACUCUGCGAGAAAUGGAACUGUGCAUGGACCGAGGCAAGCGCUAGAUAUAACGAAAAUGUUGGCGAAGCAUUUGAGAUGUUGCUUUCUGAGAUUGAGAAGUCUCAGGAUCCGGACAGAUCCGCUUCAAAUCGCUGUAUAACGAUGUAG